UCAGCAGAAGCAACGGCUCCACGACCAAUAGCGUGGCACCUAAUUUGUAUUGUUGUACACGAGCCGCUUCUUCUCCUGGGUUCAGAUCCCGUGAAGCUAACGAAGGUGAUGGAUGCGCUGGCGGUAGUGAGUCAGCUGCGGGACCUGGCCUCGGAGCCGCAGAACCGAGAGGUGAUAGUCCAGGAUGAGGGCUGUCUCCCCGGGCUGGUUCUCUUCCUGGACCACCAGAAUCCGGACGUGCUGCUCGUAACUCUUCAGACCAUGCGCUACUUGGCUGAGUGGACCCCCAACAUCUCGACCAUGAAGAAUGAACUGGGUAUGAUGGUGAGCCUGGAGAAUCUAACUGGGAGGGAGGGCCUGUCUGUUGAAAUCACGGCUUUGGCCCAGGAGGUAUAUAACAUUCUGACUGCGCCUGUGCCACGUACACCUGAGAGAGAGAAUCGAAAGAAAUCCCAGUUCUUUAUCAACUCCACCCAGAAGAAGGCCAAGUGUGUCACUCUUCACAUCCAGGGGCUGGACAGCACUGACCAACGAGGUUUGUGUGAGGAGGCUCUUCUCAAGGUCAGAGGAGUGAUCAGCUUCACCUUCCAGAUGGCCUCCAAGAGAUGCACGGUCCGCAUCCGUUCCGACCUGCCCACUGAGAGUCUGGCAUCCGCCAUUGCCGCCACGAAGGUGUUGUCAGCUCAGCAGGUGGUUAAGAAUGAGGCAGGAGAAGAGAUCUUUCUAUCUCUAAACCAACAAUCUGGAGUGGAGGUGAGGCGAAACUCCGCUCUACCAGACUACCUCCCAGAAGAAGAGGAGAGCCCGGAGAAGUUGGUCGACAGAGCAAUUUCCCGCACCACAGCGAAGAACGAUUCCAGCGGAAGCUGGCUCAACUCGGCUGCUUCUUUCCUCACCAAAACAUUCUACUGGUGAAACAGGCACAGUUUGAUUCCCUGCGAUCCAGGGACACAAAGAUGUGCAAAAAAGACUACAACUGCUCCGUAUGUUACACAAGUGGACAUUACGACAUACUGGGUGUUGGCACACCACAGGCCAGCAUCCUGGCUUAGUGCGCAUGGUCAACUUCACCAACUUGACAUCAAGUCUUGAGAAUAACUACAAGUUAUCAACAUGUGCCAAAGUGGGUCCCUAUUACAUGUACAUAUUUUCUUGGACGUACUGUUAAUUUUCUCUUUUCUUAUGUGCAAAAAAAGGUGUUUGAGUUAAUGCUGAAAAUAAAUCUUCAAAGUAUUCCAUGUU